AUGAUCGCAGCCCACCUGCCCCUCAUCGAGCAGGCGGCGCGCGAGGGCGUGCAGGUGCUGGGGCUCCAGGAGCUCUUCAACCUGCCCUACGUCGGCGCGGAGCAGGACAAGCGGUGGUACCGCGCCACCGAGCGGGUGCCCGACGGGCCGACGAUCCAGCGGAUGCGGGCGGAGGCGGCGCGCCUCGGCAUGGCGAUGGUGGUGCCGGUCUACGAGGAGGCCCAGACCGGCGUCUACUACAACACCGCCGCCGUGAUCGACGCGGACGGGCGCUACCUCGGCAAGUUCCGCAAGAUCCACAUCCCCCACGUCGUGGGCUUCUGCGAGAAGUUCUACUUCAAGCCCGGCGACAUCGGCUAUCCGGUGUUCGAGACCGCGUUCUGCAAGGUCGGCGUCUAUAUCUGCUACGACCGGCACUUCCCCGAAGGCUGGCGCGAGCUCGCCAUGAACGGAGCCGAGGUGAUCUUCAACCCGUCUGCGACCGUGCGGGGGCUGAGCGACCAUCUCUGGACCCUGGAGCAGCCGGCGGCGGCGGUCGCGAACUGCGUCUAUAUCGGCGCCAACAACCGCGUCGGCAUGGAGCCGCCGUGGAAUAACGGCCACUUCUACGGCUCCAGCUAUUUUUGCAAUCCGCGCGGCGAGAUUCUGAACCAGGGGCCGGACGAUAAGGACGCGUUGGUCACCGCCGACCUCGAUCUCGCCAUGAUCGGCGAGGUGCGCGACGCGUGGAACUUCUAUCGCGACCGCCGGCCCGACACCUACGGCGCCGUCGCGUCCUGGCAGGUCUGA